AUGCCAGUGGGUCGACGGAAAAAGCAACGAGUUGUCGAAUCAGAUGGCAUCGACGACGAUGAACCAGCGACAUCAGUCCAACCUCAGGCUCCCUGUCACCGUACAAACCGACCUGGCGCUGGCACUGGAGGAAGAAAUUCCCAGCUAGAGAAGAUCGGGAAUGCCAUCCAAACUCCAGCCAGAGCACCCAGUAGCAAAUCGAAGGUUCGGAGUGUCAUUGUUCCCGUUGAUGAGCCCGAAAAUGUGAUGGCUCCACUAGUGACAAAGAAGAAGGGGAGAGGAAAAGCGGCACCUCGCCAGCUUGAGAGGAACUUGAGUGCGAUACAGGAGGCAUCCAAGUCAGGCCCCACUGCCACAGGUCCCACACCUGCUCUACACGUCACGGACCAAGGAAGGUUUGGAUUUCAGGAUCGUCCAAUUCCCUCAGCAUAUGUCAGUUCCAAACCACUCCAGCCCCAUCAAACAGAACUUCAUCCUGACUCAAUGACACCCCCUGCCCAGCCCUAUGUCCAUGAUCGCAGUACCUCUCAGGGUGCUUCUUGUGGUGCUUCUUGUGGUGCUUCUCGCGGUGCUUCUUGCGGUGCUUCUUGCGGUGCUUCUCGUGGCACCUCUUGUGGUGCUUCUCGCAGUGUCUCUCAUGGCACCUCUCUUCAUGACACUCAGGCUGAUGGAAUCAGAAUUCCAGCCAUCCAGCACCCCGUUGUUUCUUGUGACGCCCCUCAGUCUGUCAACACUCGUACUGUUUCUCACAAAGUUCCUCGGUCUGUCAGCGACCAACGCUCACGCUCAUCUAUUCCCAUCAACUCCGCCGUUCAGCGUGAGCCAUUGACCACCAUAACACCCCAUCGCACCGUUUCUCAUACUCCUCCCGCUUUUGGUUCCACUAGCCAGAACAUGUUUGUUGAUGGAACUGAAGAAGGUAACGAAGAGGCGGAUCAUGAUGAAGAAGUGGACGUUGAAGAGGAUGACGUGUCUAACGAGGAUGGAGAUUUUGCAGGAGAUGACAUCGAUAAUGACAUUAUGGACUACAACUCGGAGCAGGAUGUUCACGGGAGUGAUGACAUCAUGCCAGACCCCUCAGACCAUGAUAAUCAAACCUACCCUAGCAACAACCAAGUCAGACACCCUGCGCAAGUACCUGAUCGAUGUGCACAUUCGCAGGAUGAGGAUUAUGAUGACACGGGAGUGUCCGACAUGGACCGUGAUCAUCGGAACAAUCGCACCACUAGCAGGAAGGGUAGAGACCAGAACAUCAACGUAGCCCAGGCGCCAAUGCAAGCGAUCCUGCAGAGCACUAACCAACGAGCUCCAGGUCAUUUGGGCGCUCCAGCAGUAGUUCCUAAUAUCGAUUAUGAUGUCCUCCAGGCUCACCACACGACAAACCGGCGGCCACAUUCUCCAUCCCCAUCAUAUUUGAACAGUGUACAAAGUCGCUGCCCAAAGACUAAGUGUGCUUGCACGAGCAACUCCCUGUCAAGUGAUGACCCCGAUGACCAGCAGGACGACUUGGAAGAUCUUGAUGAGGUCGAGAAUACUGGGAAGUGCCGCCACACCAAGAAAACAAAGGGUACUGCUACUAAUCGUGAUGCAACUAAUGUCAGGUUCUACCCACCACUCUGGCAAAAACUUCUAGACCGCGCAAAGGCUAAUUUCAGACUUCAUCUCGCUAUUUCCAUCCCAUUUCCUGACAAAGAGGAGUCCAUUGGUCAUACCGGAGUCUGCAGUGAAAUGAUUGCAGAAGCAAUUGUACAAUGGAAAGAGCAGAAACGCAAGCUUGAGAAAGAUUUCUACCCUGAGUUCAAAAUGGGGAUGGCUACCAUGGUUUUCAAUGACGCCGCGACAUUCCGCAGCAAGAUCAAGCAGAUCGUGCUUACCGUCGUUCCGAUGACAUAUGAUCUAGCACUUGGCAUCGGCAGGAACACAAUUGACAGUGUCAAACUCAAGGCAACCGCUUUGCUAAAGAAAGCAAUGUAUUUGCGCGGCCAUCCUGAUGCUGAGGGUUGUGCAUCUAACUUUGCGAAUGUUGCAGUCCACAUUGUUUGCCAUAGGUCAUUUUAUGACAACGGUUCCAAAUCACUCAAACAUUUCACCAAAUUUCAGAAGACUAUUCCGCCCCCAGCGCUCUUCCUCGUUGGGACUAUCAUUCAUAACGUGAUUUAUAUCUACAGCAAAUAUGGCCAGGUAAAUGGCACCAAGCAGACACCCAUCAAGGAUUCAGAGACUACCUAUGACCGCAUUUCGACAUUGUUCAACCGCACGAACAGACAUGAGUAUCAUGGACUGAAACUACGUCAAAUGCUCAAAGCUUGGGCAUUGGAAGGCAUGAAUGCACAUGGUGCUGGCCUUGGUACUAACGAAGGUGACAAAGGCUGUUCUGAGUGGGACGUUGAUUUGGAUUAG